GAUCAUCGCAAGCUUAUUUGCAUCGAUUAUUGAAUACACACCGAGCCACACACACAGCCAUCAUCGCCAUGUUUGAACACAUCGUGUGUUAGUUGAUGAACUAGACUUCAAUUGGUAGACCCACUGUAGGUUUUAGCUUCGUGUACAUUCGGUAAUCUUCGGUUGGCGCGCAGAAUCCACGCGGGGGUUCCGUGCGGACCGUUAGCUUCCGGGUUUGAGUGCCGCGGGCGGGGUUGAGGAGAAGGAGACAGGCUCCAGGACCAGAGAUGUUUCGGUUCGGCAGUCGGGUUUCUGUCCUGCCUCGGAGUCGGUCGGACGUGCGUUACCAGUGCACGGUGCGACUGUUGGACGACACGGAGGUCCAGUGUGAUAUACAGAAAGAUGCCAAAGGCCAGUACCUGAUUGACCAUGUGUGCAGCAGCCUCAACCUGCUGGAAAAGGACUACUUUGGGCUGCGGUUUGUUGAUGCAGAGAAACAAAGGCAUUGGCUGGAUCCAGUCAAGAAUGUAUGCAAGCAGAUGAAAUCAAACCCUCCUUUCCUGCUCUGCUUCCGUGUGAAGUUCUACCCACCAGAGCCAUCCAGACUACAUGAAGAGAUAACCAGAUACGAGUUGUUUUUGCAGUUGAAAAGAGACCUCCUACAUGGCAGGCUUCUAUGUAGCACAGAGGAUGCUGCCCACCUAGGGGCCUACAUCAUCCAAGCUGAGCUUGGAGACUAUGAUCAGGAUGAUCACCCACAUGGCUACGUGUCAGAGUUCAAGUUGUUUGCCAAGCAGUCAGCCAAACUGGAGCAGAAGGUGACAGAGCUCCACAGAGAGCAUACCAGGGGCCAAGCACCAGCAGAAGCAGAGCUGAACUUUCUCAGGAAAGUGAAGGAACUGGAGACAUAUGGACUGGAUCCCCAUCCAGUAAAGGAUGUUCUUGGAAGCCAAAUGUAUCUGGGGUUCACACAUCAAGGAGUGGUCAUUUUUCAAGGCAACAAGAAGACACACUUCUUUAAGUGGAGAGAUGUUCAGAAGUUCACCUAUGACAGCAAGUCAUUCCAUAUCUACAUUGUUGCUAAUGAGAAGAAGCAGAUCUAUGACUUCCGUUGUACCACUCCAGCAGCUGUAAAACACCUCUGGAAAUGUGCCGUGGAAAAUCAGGCAUUCUUCAGUUUCGAGAAGUCUAGUGACGUGACACUCCAGCGGUCAGGCCUGGCUCGUCUGGGCUUUCUCCGAGGGAGUCGCUUCAGAUUCAGUGGUCGGACUGAGAAGGAGGUGAGCGCAGAGAGUGGGAAAAUCAGCCGACAGGAGCCGCAGGUGGUCAGGUCUCCAACCAAGCCGGAGCUGGUAGCAAAGAAGAAGAAGGCAGGGGAGGAGGAGGAGGGAGAAGCACCUGAGAGCUCACCUCUUAACGAGACAUUCCAUGAUGCUCUAAAAGAACUCCAGCCUAUUGGGACAUCAACACCCAUCAAGUCACUACAGCUCAAUGCCAACUCAUUGACCACAACGAAUAAGGACUUGUCGCCCUCCCCUGUUGCAUACAGUCCUUGUGUGAGUGAGCCUACUACCCCAGAAGAAACAAGUGAUAUUCAAAACCAGCUGGCCAAAGAGAGUUUGCCCAAUGGCCACCAUAGUAGCAACUGUGGUGGCACGGUCACCGGGGUCAUCGGCAUGGGCUCACCUUCAAGGGCAACAGAAGCGACAGCAUGUGAGGUAUCCGGCAAGUCCCAAGGACCUGAAGACCUACAGCCAGCAUGCACGCUGCGGCCAUCGGCGGCUGCAGCCGUCUGGAAAGCCGUGCUGUCGGCUGUGGUGUUCUUCACACUACUGCUGGCAGCACUGCUCCUGCUCGUCCUUGAAGCGCCUUUCCAUCACUCGGCAAUCUCCCAGAUCCGCUCGACUCCCGAGUUCCAC